AUGCCUUCCACUGUGGAGAACGUGGCUAUGCUCGUCAGCGGUGCCGUGGCCACCACUGCCCUGAGCAGCGCCUUUGUUGCAAGUGGCCCAGUUGCACAGGAGGCCAGGACUGGUCUCCGUUCUUCCGGCUAUGCCAAGUCCUCCCAAUCAUCCCAGUCCAUGGGUGCCAUGGCUGGUGUGGGUGCAGUGGCUGGCCUGGCUGUGGCUGGUGUUGCUGGCAGGCGUGCAGGCAAGAACCGCACUUCCAUGCAGGCUGUGGGUGUUGGAAUCAACGGCUUCGGCCGCAUUGGCCGUCAGGUGGCCCGCAUUGCCAUGAAGGACCCAGAGACUGAGCUGAAAUUGAUCAACGCCAGCUAUGACUCUGACUACCUGGCCUACAUGAUGAAAUAUGACACUAUCCACGGCAAGUACGAUGGAACCGUGGAGGUAGAUGGCGACUCCCUGGUGGUUGAUGGCCAGAAGAUUGCUUUGUCCCACACCCGUGACCCAGCUGAGAUCCCUUUCGGUGAGCAUGGUGCAGAGUAUGUUUGCGAAUCCACUGGUGUGUUCCUGACCACUGAGAAGGUUCAGGGUCACUUGAAGGCUGGCGCAAAGAAGGUGAUCUUCUCUGCUCCUGCCAAGGAUGACUCUCACACCAUUGUGAUGGGCGUGAACGAGGACACCUACGAGCCAUCCAUGGAGUGCGUGUCCUGCGCCUCCUGCACGACCAACGGCUUGGCCCCAGCUGUGCGUGUGCUGCAAGAGAAGUGGGGCAUCAAGCGUGGUCUCAUGACCACCUGCCAUGCCAUGACUGCAUCUCAGCCCACUGUGGAUGGCACCUCCAAGAAGGACUGGCGUGGUGGCCGUGCUGGCCCUGGAAACAUCAUCCCAUCCUCCACGGGUGCUGCCAAGGCUGUGGCCAAGGUGAUCCCUGAAGUGAAGGGCAAGCUGACCGGCAUGGCCCUACGUGUGCCAACCAUCGAUGUGUCCGUCGUGGACCUCACCGUUGAGUUGGAGAAGGAGACCACCUACGAGGAGAUUUGCGCUGAGAUGAAGAAGCGAUCUGAGGGUGACAUGAAGGGCUUCCUUGGCUACACCGACGAGGCAUUGGUGUCCACUGACUUCGAGACCUGCCCAAUCUCCUGCACCUUUGAUGCCAAGGCCGGCAUCAUGUUGGAUCCUACCUUCGUGAAGGUUGUGUGCUGGUAUGACAACGAGUGGGGCUACUCCUCCCGUGUGGUGGACCUGAUCAAGCCCGCUGAGCUGACGCCGGCGGCGCCGGCGGACCUCUCCAAGGCGCCCCCGCCGCCGGCCAAGGCCAAGCCGCCUCCGCCUCCGGCUCGUUCUGGCUUCGUGGGUGUUUGGGAAGAAGUGCGACCUGAGGACUCCAUGUGGUCCAACCAGACAGAGGUCGCCACUGCCGCUGCCUUGGAAGCGGAUGCCGUGGCCAUGGAGGAAGAACCCGAGGACGUGGUGAAUCCCAUCGCUGAGCUCAAAAACGAGCUGGGGGGCAGGAAAGGCACCUGGGCGGAUGAAGACCUCGAGAAACACGAGAAGCAGAUCGAACAGAAACGCAGCUCGACCACCGGCAGCGCCACGUUCGGGGCUCGGAAAAAAGCCAGCGGCAUCCGCAAGAAGCGAGAAGAUGACUGA